AUGGCUACACCAGGGAAUAAUGAAAAUGAACCACAUCCUGAAGAUCCAGGAAGAAGAGACCUGGAGAACAAGUUAAAAGAAUUGGGACUGGAUGCCCAGCGUUGGAUGCCUAAGCUGCAGGAACACCUGGGUGUGACCUCUGUCCAAGCUUUACAACAUGUACAACACAAGGAAAUCCUGGCACUGAAAUCCCAGGCAAAACAUCCUUGGGAGAAACGGGCACUGGAGAAACUUCUUUCACUGUGUAACAGUCAGGGUUCAGAGGAAAUGCAAGAGAAACACUGGGAGCUAGUGAAGAAGAGACAAAAGCGGGCACAGUCAGCCCUGAAUGAACUGAGGGAGAUGCAGGCAGCAGGUAAAAGCCGCGAGGAGGAAAUUGUGAGGGAGAAAGAAGAGGAGCUGAGGCAGGCCAUGGAGAUCCCAGCCAAGUACUGGCCUCUCUCUGAGAAACCCCUAGUGGAAGUCAUAGAAAACAUGAAGAGAAACCUCAGUCUCAUGGAAAACACUCUGUCCCAUAGAGAGAAUCUUCCUGAGAGGGAGCUCCUCAAAAGGGUGUCAGGUGGCCUAGCCCUGCAGGGGAUUUACCAAACCAACCACCCAGAGGAUCUUUUGGAGAGGAGAGAAGAACUGAUCACACUUCCAGAGAACUUCUUCCUGCUCAGGCCAGAGCAGACAACAAGAAUGGAAACAAAGGAGUUUUUGUCUUCUCAGGAAGAGGCCAUGUUUACUCAAAGCAUGGAGAUAUUGGGCUACAGUGUUAGCUUCUUGGCUAAGGGUGGAGGCUGGGGAUUGAACCUAGAGGCCAGCACCAAGGACAGCAGAUCUUCUUACUCCAGAGAUGUCCAAAAGUCACACUCUGAGAAAACUUACACAUGCACCACCAAGUUCAGCUAUAUCCCCCUGGCCUCCUGCCACUUUGCACGGGAUCAGCUCCACCUUUCCAAGUCAGCUUUGCAAGAGUUAAAGCAGCUGGAGGAACUUCUGAGCUACUCGAAUGGUGCAGAAAACUAUCCCCUGCUGAAGCAGAGAUGUGAGGCAUUCUUUAGAAGGUUUGGCUCUCAUGUGAACCAGGGCCCAUUGCACUUGGGAGGAGUAUUCUGGUGGAAAGCUGUAGCUGCAGGUUUCAGGUCAGAGGCACUGCAUGACGUGAAGCGUCAAGCCUCAGAAGCACUCGAUACAUACAUUGGAGGCAGCUACAGUGGUUUUGGGGUGACAGCUGCAGCCAGUGCAAAUGUAUCAAACUCUCAGUCUCAAAUGACUUCUCAGAAUACAAGCUCCACUAAUUUACAAAUAAGCUUGGAAAUGUCUUUUUACCAAACAGGAGGCCCCCCAGAGGCAGAUUCUCUCCCACAGUGGAAAGCCGGUCUUGUGGCCAGUAACCACAGCUGGUGUAUCAUUGACCGAGGGUAUCGGCUAGUGCCUGUCUGGGACAUAAUUCUGUCUAACCACAGACAAGAUUUUCAGGAUCCUCUUCAAGUGAGUCGUUGCCUCACAAGCAUUUACACAAACCUUACUGGCAGACAUGUAAGCAUCCAGGAUGGAGAGGAGCUACUGAGUGCAGGGAGGGAUGCCAGGUCAUUAACAGAAGAAGUGAAAUCCUGGGAAAUCACUGAACCUCAGGAGAAACUGAUGAGACUGAUCAAUUUUCAGCAAAAGCUGAGUGAGAAAACCAGCAACUAUAACAUCUGGAUUAAUAUCUGUCUUACAGACCCAACUUUGCAGCAGUUCUUGGUGGACAUUGUCAAUUUUUGCAAGGUCUUCCCAGAUCAAGAAAUCGAAUGCAUUAAAUACCAGUUGCAUAGCCUUUUGUAUCCUCAUGUCUAUCAAGUGAAGGACUUCCCACAGAGGCACUCAAUUAUGCAGUGGAUUUUCCACUCAACAAAGAAGAAACAAGAUAUCCGUGUCACAGAGUUUGAUGAUUUCAUUCAGUUCUUAGAAAAGGCAAAGAAUGAACUUCUUGAAAUCAAUUACACCUCAGAGUACUUAGAAAAGUUAGAAGAAGCUCAAAGAAAGGCCACUUAUGAGCUCAGUCUGUCUCUCAGCUCCUUUCUGAAGGCCUUAAAAGAGACAGAAGAGACAGGCAUAUAUCUACUGCUACUCUGCAUUGCAGCUGGUGCAGGGUACAAGGAGGAAAGCCAAACCUUCCACUGUCUCCUUGGAUAUGAAGAAUUAAGUUUCCUGUUGUGUGAAAUGAAAGAAGCCCAUGAGAAAUACCAGGGCCUUCAUCAGAAAUCUGCGUAUAGGGCUCAAGCAUUCGUACUGCUCACAGGGCUCACAGCGACUCCUGGACCUAUUGCUGUAUCUGCAGAAAAAAAGAAGCAACGUUUAGAGCUUAUGCAAUCUCACAUGGGACAGUCAUGGUCCGAAGAAGUGCUUCAUGUCCUCUUGAAACCGAGAGUCAGUCAUGAUUGGGAAACUCUGGAGAAAGACCUGAAUUUGCUCAUCAAUGGAGAACAUGAGGCUACAGUGAACUGGCUUCAGAUGGAGCAGGUGAAAAAAGAAUUAGAAAGUAUCUUUCAGGGAAAGAAAAAGACCCAAGAACCAGAACCUUGUACCAUCAAACAGCAUGAAGUGAUACAAAAUUCUGAUUUUCUGGACUUAGCCAAGAGGCUUGGGCUGGAGGAUUUCUAUCCAAGGAAGAUGGGCCGAGCAGAUUUCCAUGUGAUUUACACGGCUUCUGUGCAUGACAGUCAGCCAGACACAGAAAGACAAUUGCCAUUUUAUUUCCUACAGAAGCUGUUGAUGCUGGAUUACCGACUGAGAUACUUGGUGUGCAAAGGUGAUGGAGACACAUGGGCCAGUGGGACACUGACUCUGACAAAUCUUAAAGAGGAUACUUCAGAUCCUUAUGAUGAUUUGUUUGAUGACAGUGACACUUCUUCUGUUCUCUUGUCCACAGACCGGCCCCACAUUCACCCAAUGGACACUCAGAUGAUGAUUUUUCACUGUGCAGACGAUUUCAUGAGACAAUACAUUUCAAACAAACUGGCCAUUUGUCAGUUUGCUCUCCCCUUUGUGGUGCCCAAUCCCUGUUCUUCAGUAAUAGAAUUCCCACUGUGGUCUCUCAGCCAAAUCAAGAGAAGCUGGAGAGAAGUGAAGAAAUCAGGAGGAGAAGACACAAUCACUAACUUUAAUAACCAACUCAUCUCCCAGGCACCCAUCCCCAUUGUGUCCUUUAUAAGGGUUGUGAAUUCUGCUUCUUCUUCCAAAUCUCAGAUCUUGAACUCUCUGCUGAGUAAGCACAAACACGAUGUGUUUUUCCACCGUGACUGCCGAGGCAACAGCAAAUCCUGCCUGUUAAUGGGAGGUCUUGUAGAAAUCUCCUGGUUCUGUCCAGGGGGGAGAGAUGAGGACAGAUUUGAAAGUUGUGUUGCUUUCACUAAUCUGCAUGGAGAUGCCAAAGAUCAUGAGGCCCAGCUCAGAUUCCUGCAGGACAUUGCUUCAGUCACAGUGGUCCUUGUGUCUACUUCUGAUAAAAGUGAGAGCACCACGAAUAUGGUCCGAGACCUGUGGAAGUCAACCAAACCUUUGGUAUGUUUGUUUGAUGACAAAGAGAAGAGUGUGGGCAGUGAUGCUGGUAAGAAAGUGAGGAUUGGGAUCAGGAAUAGAAAUGAGGCUCAAUUAAUGGAUGAACUCUCAGGUGUCAUCAAGCGGUUGCUGAAAUCUUCAGGUCCCUUUCUCACUCUGGAAGACUGUGCUGAAAUUGCUCGACAGCAUGGCUUUCUUGUAGAUGUGGACAGGAAGGAAUGUCGAGAGGCCAAAGAAAAGGCAGAGGUUGUGGUGGCCCUCAUGAAAGAAAUAAAAUUGUCUGAAAUGAAGGAGAAAUUGCUGCCCCUUCAAGGAGAACUUUGGCACCGGUGGUGUCAGAAGGAUAAGGAGCUUUUUCACCUGAGAGAGAAGGGGAACCGUAGCCUUGAACAACACAAAAGUGAGAUUGAGGAAGAAAAGCAAGUAAUAAGACAGGCCCAGCUACAGAAAAUAUGUCCUCUCAAUGACUUGAUGAGAUCAGUGCUUGAAAUCCUUCACUCUCACUCAGGGACAGACAACUGCACCAAGCUGUACUUCCUUCAGUGGCUCAGCAUGUUUAUGGACAACUUGACCAGAGGUGAGUUGGAAAAACUCCAGAAAAGGUACAACCACUUGUGGUCCUUGAGGCUGGCAGAAAAGCAAAAGGGAUCAGUGAAUGUGUCCUUGAAAGAUCACCAAGUGGAACUAGAGUCUGUCUCCAAGGACAUCAGGGAUUCCUCCUUGGGUAUUGAACAUCUCCUGAGAGAGGUUGGCCAGAUCUAUGAAGCUUUGGAAGAAACUUCACCACAAUGGUAUACUACUUUGUCCUUCUCUCUUCCUGAAAUUGCUGCUGACCUGAUGAUUUCUGGGUACCCCAUUGAGCUGAUGGAUGGGGAUGCUUCCUAUGUACCGGUGAAGUGGGUAGCAGCUGUUUUUGACAGAUUAAUUAAGAAAACUGGAGAUCAAAAGAUCUUUGUUCUCUCUGUUCUUGGCCUCCAAAGCACAGGGAAGUCCACUCUGUUGAAUGCUAUGUUUGGCCUGCAGUUUAAUGUCAGUGCAGGGCGAUGCACGAGAGGAGCUUAUAUGCAGUUGCUAAAGGUGGAGAAGACACUCUGGGAAGAACUGGGCUUUGGUUUUGUCCUUGUGAUUGAUACCGAAGGACUCCGGGCCACAGAACUCGCUUGUAAAUCACAGAAUCGGGACAAUGAGCUGGCCACUUUUGUUAUUGGACUUGGAAAUCUGACCUUGAUCAAUAUAUUUGGAGAGAAUCCUUCAGAAAUGCAAGAUAUCUUGCAAAUUGCUCUCCAGGCCUUUCUGCGAAUGAAACAAGUGAACAUUUCCCCAAGUUGUCUCUUUGUGCAUCAGAAUGUGGGUGAAAUCACUGCCAAAGAUCAAAACAUGGAAGGAAGAAGGAGAUUGCAGCAGAGACUGGAUGAAAUGGCAGCCAUAGUUGCAAAACAGGAACAGUUGUCAAAUAUCAGUCACUUUAAUGAUGUCAUUCGGUUUGAUGUUAAUAGGCAUGUCCAUUACUUUGUCCAUCUGUGGGAAGGGGAUCCUCCAAUGGCCCCUCCCAACCCCAGUUAUAGCCACAACAUCCAGGACCUAAAAAGAGGAAUUCUUUUGGCUGCCAAAAAAGAAUCUAGAGGUAGCAUCCUGAAGGUUUCUGAGAUGAAAGCUCGCAUCCAGGAUUUGUGGAAAGCCUUGCUGAAUGAAAAUUUUAUCUUCAGCUUUAGGAAUACUCGGGAGGUCAUGGCCAUGAUCAAACUUGAGACCAUGUAUAACCAGUGGACUUGGAACCUAAGAAGUCAUGUGUUAGGGUUACAGAACCAACUGACCAAUCAGAUUCAGAAUGGGGAAAUUCAGGAUCUCCCAAGAAGUUUGAUUGAAAUGAAUAUUGCAGAAAAAUAUAAAGCUGUCAGGCAAGAGCUUCAAACUUAUUUUGAUGAUGAUCCAGAGAAUGAAAUCCUGAUCCAGUGGAAGGGAAACUUUGAGUAUCAACUGAGAAAACUUAAAAAGGAACUUGUUUCAGAAAGCAUUAAAAAGUCCACUGAUCUCCUUAGUGUAAAGAAAGGUCAAGAUAAACUGAAUGAAAAGAAAUCAGAAUAUGAAAAAAAGCUCUUAUUAAGAAGCAAAAAAGUGGCUCUUUCCUAUAUGGGUAAAGAGGUAAGUGAGGAGGAGCUGAGAGACAUUUUCAUUCCACUCUGGACAAAUUGGGUCCAUAAAGUAUCCUCAAAUUCUCCUCCUGUGGAAGAUCCUACAAUUGAGGUAGAUUUGGAGAAUGUCUUUCUGGACCAUUUUAAACAGGAGUGCACUGUAGUAAGCAAACUUCGAGAUCAUUUCCAUUGGAAAAAUUUUUCCAUUGAUCAUGAGAAACAUGUGAAAAUGAAAAAGAAACUGAAAGUGUACACACCCUCCCUAGCAGGGAGUGAUAAAGUGACUAUCCAUGAAACUACCAAAAAGAUUACUGAACUGGUCAUGGAAACUAUUGAAUCUAAAUUGAGAAUGGGAAUGGAUUAUAAUAAAAGUUACUUCCAUGAAUUAUUGCAAUUGAUAGACAAGCACAUUGAUUCUGCAUCUGAAGAAGCAAGAGAAGAAUUAAGAAACAUUGAACACCAGGAGAUAACUGACAUUGAAUUCCUCAAAGAAGCCAUGAAUAAAUCCCUAGAUACAAAAAUCCAAAAUGUUGGAGAAAAUUGUGAAAGGAUAUUUCUAACGAAAAUUGAAUCUGACACUCAGACCAUGCUCUCUGAUCAGCUUAGUGGCUGUUGGAAGCAAUGUCCCUUUUGCAAAGCAGUUUGUACAAAUACGGUCACAAAUCAUCGUGAAGACCACAGUGUCCCCUUCCAUCGUUCUAAGGCUGUUACUGGCGCACGUUGGCACAAGACUGAUGAGUUUUCAAUUGAUUUCUGUACCAGUAGUGUGGCAAGUGAUACUUGGUUUAUUCUUCCUGAUGAUAGACGUAUCCCAUAUACGACUUAUCGUGAGGCAGGUGGUGAAUAUGCCACAUGGAGCAUCACUCCAGACACAUCUGCCCAAUCAUACUGGAAAUGGUUUGUGUGUCGCUUCAGAUCAGAAUUGGAAGAGAAGUACAAGCUCAUAUUCAAGAACAGAGGUCAGAUUCCUGAAAAUUGGUCCAGAAUCACCAAACAAGAUGUGCUGAAUGACAUGAAUAAAUAA